AUGCAGGCUCUUCUCUCAGUAAUACAUGACGAAAUGUGGAAUAUAGUAACCACAGGACCAAUCACAAUCAUGAUGGCGAAUACACAAGCUGCAGCACAAGGAGCAGGUGCUGAGGAGAUGAUACCAAAACCGAAGUCUCAACUCACCACGGAGGAAAGAACAAGAGCGAACUUGGAUAAUGUAGCGCAAAAUAUUUUCUACAACUCUCUCGACGACUCCUUGUUCCCCAGAGUCCGAAAAUGCAAAAAUGCUAUGGAAAUAUGGAAUGUUCUGAUGAACCUGGGUGAAGGAGAUGAACAGGAGAAGGACAACAAAUUGACAGUGGCCAUGAAGAAGUUUGAGGACUUCAAGAUGUUGCCGAAUGAAGCUGUCACAGACAUGGAACUGAGGUUCACCAAGCUCAUGGGUGAUCUGUCUGAUCUCGGGAAGGAAUUAUCCGGAAAAGAAAAGAACCUGAAGAUUCUUCGUGGCCUACCGAAGUCUUGGGAGAUGAAGGUCACAACAAUGAGAGAUCACUGA